UUAUGUCCUGCACUGGACCGUUGGAAUUAACUCCAUCUCUUACGCCGCCGAAGUCGCGACCACCGGCUGGGUCGCCCUCGGCUGGUCCAAGGACGGCAAGAUGGCCGGCAGCGAUGCAGCGAUUGGCAAUCUGCCACCUGGCACCAUCACUGACACUGCGAACGGCAACCCGGCCCCCAUUGGCGCUUACUACAUUCGCGCGAAGAACGCGGCGGAUAUUGUGCCGAACCCGCGUCUCGGACUGUCGUUGACUGCCGUGACUACUCGCGAUGGCAAGACCAUUGUCGAAUUCGAGAGGGAAUUGGCUUCAGGCAACGUUCCCCUAUUUCUUGAUGCCGUUGCUAACGUCAUCUUUGCUUACUCCGACGGAAAUUCGAAGGAGUUGAAGUAUCACGGUGCCAACAGGGGUUCUGCGAGGGUUGGAUACAACAAUGGCACAACUACAAUUACCACCACCCCAGUUCCCACCACAACCUACGGAAAUUCCGCGUCUUUUAUCGCACACGGUUUCUUCAUGACGUUCGCGUUCGCUAUCCUGAUGCCGUCUGCCAUCAUUAUAGCGCGUAUGUUCCUCGCAGCUGACCAGAUUUCGGAUCCGUUAUUGUACAGCACAAGCGGUGACGCGAACGGUUUGGCUGCUGGGCUGACCGCGAGCCUUUCCGAGCAGGACGAAGCGCGAAGGGCUCUGUGGUUCAAGGCGCAUAUGAUCCUGCAGAUCGUAGCCGUUGUUUUUAUUUUCACUGGUGCAGUGAUUGCUCUGGUUACCAGUGGCACUCGCGGAUUGGAUUACCUUCACGGGCAGCUGGGGCUGGCGAUGUUCAUCAUUGUGUUGGUUCUGCCCGUUGGGGGAUUCGUGAAGCCUUCGCGAAACUCCGGUUACCGUGUGUUCUGGCGUUUUGGUCACUGGUUCGUGGGGAUUGUCGCGGUGGUGCUGGGUUGGGUGAACGUGUUCCUCGGCCUCGACCGUUACACUACAAUGUUCUCUGGAAACCAGAAG